CGUUAAUUUUUUUGUCGACAAGUACCUAAGAAAAAAGAAAAAAGCAUGUCAAAGCACCAUCCAGACCUUGUAAUGUGUAGAAAACAGCCAGGAAUCUCUAUUGGAAGGUUAUGUGAUAAAUGUGACGGAAAAUGUCCAGUUUGUGAUUCAUAUGUACGUCCGACGACGUUAGUUAGGACGUGUGAUGAGUGUUCAUUUGGUAAUUAUCAAAGCAAAUGUAUUAUUUGUGGUGGAGAUGGUAUUUCAGACGGGUAUUAUUGUUUUGAAUGUACGAGACUUGAAAAGGAUAGAGAUGGAUGCCCAAAGAUUAUAAAUCUAGGAAGUUCAAGAACAGAUCUGUUUUAUGAGCGUAAGAAAUUCAAAUUAGGAGGAGGACAAAGAUAGAUAGAUGUUUGUUGUAUAAUUUUUGUAAUUGGGGAAGAGGAGGAG